AUGGUAUUAGAAAUAGGAAAAAGAAAUAACGAAAUUGCUGUUGUUCGCUCAGACGUGUCGCUGUGUGACGAAUACAGUCUUCCGGUGGACUUCGUCAACAAGCGGAGACCCCACAGUUUUGGCGCCGGGCUUGCCAACUGGACCACCCCCAGUCCGGCAGGCGAACAGGUGGAGGUAGUCGAGGCGUACUGCGACCCCCGGGACUCCAAGGCGUACCUGGAACCCGGCGAAGAGGCGAGUGGAAAGCUAUAUACCAGUCCUGACAGAGACUACUCGCAGCCGUACACAGAUGGGUCUUCGGAAGCGAAGGCGUCCGAUCUCGACGAUGACGGCGUGUACGAGGACGUGGGCCUGCCUGUAGAGGGAGCAGAGGACGCCGCCGCCACAGCAGGUCCGGCCGGCGCCGCCACCGUCACCGCCUGCGUCACUGUCGUCUGCGUCAGCGCUGACAGCGAGCAGCGCACGCCGCUGCACGGUGCUCUCGACGAGAGCGGUGAGUGGUACGAGGAGGCGGAGCUGGUGCCGCAGCAGACGCAGCUGCAGCCGCCGCAGCCUGCUGCGGGGGCCGAGCGCCGCAACAGAUCGCCCUACUACUACGCCGACCUCUUCCGGGAGCGAGACGAACCAGAGCCGCCGCCCCCGCCGCUGCCAGCGCCCUCUCUGCGCCGCCAGCAACAGGGGUACCGCAAGUGCGUGAGCCUCGACGCAGCCGCGCCUUCGUGCCCCGCCAGCCAGCAGCGGCCAAGCGCUGCGGCAGGGGCGCGCGCCUACCGCAAGAGCGCCAGCCUCGACGCCACGCCGCUGGCGGCGCUGCUGCUAGAGGCGCCCCCGUCCACACACCAGCAGCAGCAGCCAGCCCCACAGCCCGGGGGACAUGCGCCCAUGCCGCCCCAGCACCGACGGGUCGCUGCCUACCAGCAGGUGGCGUCGUGUUCCUGCGCCGGCGGAAGCGCGACGGAAGAGCCCGGGCAGCCGCAGCCGCAGCAGGCGACGCCUCCGCUAGGCGACGACGCACGCUUCAGCGACAGCGACGCAGACCUCGACGACGAGUACCUGGACAUGAGCGGGCAGCCGCGCGCGCGCCGCCACAUCUACGAGACGGCGUUCGACUGCCGCGUCGACCGCGCAGCCGCCACCGACGACACCGAAGACAUCGACCGCCUCUCCAACCACCCUGCACUGCACGGUUUCUCCAAGCCCAGCGCCACGCCAGCGGCCGCCGCCCCCGGGGUGGUUUCGCUGGCGCCGCGCGCCGGGCCCUCUGACGACCCGUCCGGCCUGGGCAUCUUCACACCUAAGGACCUCCGCCGGCGCGUGCACCAGCGCCGCGUCACGCUCGUCGAUGACACCAGCCUGUCGCGGGACCUCGAUUCGCUCGACCUGGACGAGGACGACGAAGAGGAGUCGCGCCCGGCGACUGCGGCCGCGGGCGCCGCUGCGGGGGCGGUGGGGGCGGCGCCGUCCCCGCCGUCUACGGCGCCGCUGCCCGCCAAGUUCAGCAAGGCUCCGGCGGCGGGCGCGGGGGCGGCUUCCGGCGCCCGCAGCGCACCCUGCCUGCCCGCCUCCGCUCCCGAGUCCGGGACCAUCGCUGGCCGCCUCAAGGACGCGCGGCUGCCCGUCAAGUCGCUGCGAGCCAGGGAGUUACCACGACGCGAAAUGCAUCACCACCACCACCACCAGAACCACCACCCGCAUCACCACCACCACCAUCACCAUCACCACCACCACCAUCACCACGGGGGCGGCGGCGGCGGCCGCCUCCCGCCGGCCGGCCUCGGCGUGCCGCCCCCGACCGCCGCCCCCGACCCCGCUCCGACGCCCACGCCGCCCCCGGCGCGGCCGCACGGGCUCAUCCUCGAGUUCAAGGGCCGGCCGGCGGCGGGCAGCAAGUUCUCCAGCACGGAGAGCAUGGCGACCAGCAGCAGCGGCGGCAGCCUCGAGUCCAUCCGCUCCAGCACCAGCGAGGGCAACCGCUCCACCAGCAGCUCCGACAGCCGGCGCAGCACUUCGCUCAGCUCGCACAGCUCAGACUCCAGCGGCGCCGACAGGUACCACCUGCCUCUGGGGAGCGGCAUGCAGACGACGCCCGGCAGCGGAGUGGGCGGCGGCGUGGGCGGCGGCAUGGGUCGCUUCAGCAACAAACUGCACAUCCUGUCGCCCAUCUCCGACAAGUCGUCGCAGGAGCCCGCCUCCUCCACGGAGACGUCGGACAACAACCGCAACAACAACAGCACGCGCGCCUCGCCAGAGGACCAGGGUGGAAUCACCCCCACCAACGAGACCAACACUAACACCAACACCAACGUUACCGCCACCAUCACGACUAGCAACGGGCCCGGCGGCGCAGUGACGCAGGCGGAAGGGCGGUUCGCGAAGCGGCAGCGGGCGCCGCAGAACCGCAACCUGAUCAACCUGAUGGGCCUGCAACAGUCGUCGGGCGAGGCCGAGGUCCAGGGCUCCGACAGCGGCAUCUCCAUAGAGUCGCGCACCGGCCACCAGCACCAUCACGCGGCCGGCGACUUCUCGGAGCUACCGUUCGACAUGCCGAAGUUGCGGCGGCGGCAGCGCCAGCUGCAGCUGCAACAGCAGCAGCUGCUGGGCGACCCCAGGGCUCCCGGGACGGCGACUUCCGUGGCGCCGGCCGCGACGGCGGGGGAGGCCGGCGGUGACGUCAUAGGCGGCGGGGGCGGCGGUGCGGCGCGCAGCAGCGACGCCUCCUCCGUGGACCUCGCUGACCUGCCCUUCGACAUGCCCAAGCUGCGGCGGCGCAUGCGCAACUCGCUCGGCGCCGGGCUGGCGCUCUCGUCGGCGGACGCGGGCAGCACCGAGUCCAGCGCCUCUUCGAGCCAGGGCGGCCGAAGGGACAGCCAAGGUGUGUGCGCGCGGCCCGGGCUCAGCCUGAACUUGGGCGGCGGUGACGCGUCGUCCACCGCAUCGCCCCUUCGACGGCCAGCGCUGUCGCUCGACCUGCCUGCGGGAGUCGCGGCGCAGCCGGGCUCCAUCGACGUCUCCUUGCCGCUCGAGAGGCAGGGGUGGUACCAUGGUGCCUUGUCCAGAGUGGAGGCUGAGAAUGUCCUCAGAGUCCUCCGUGAGGGCUCAUACUUGGUGCGCAACAGCGAGUCAGCCAGACACGACUAUUCACUGUCACUGAAGGGUGCCCGUGGAUUUAUGCACAUGCGUAUCCAGCAAAACAAAGAAUCAGGAAAAUUCAUCCUCGGCCAGUUCAGCAAACCAUUUGAUAAUAUUCCUGAGAUGAUUCAGCACUACACAGUCAACCAAUUACCAAUCAGAGGAGCAGAGCAUAUGUGCUUACUGCAUCCAGUGAUAGAACAAUUGCUCUAGCUACUCUCCAGUCCGCCGUGGAUAAUACUGCGGCAGGACUUGUGACUUCAUCGGAUGCUGCUAUUGCUGUGUAUGAAGAAAGUGGGUAUCAUUCAGAACACUGAAUGUCUUACCUACUAACUCAUAAACUGCAGGUGUAAAUCAGUUACCUUUACCUGAGGGAAAAGUCAUCUUUCAACUGCUGCUGUAUGGUCAUGUUGAAUUAAUUCUGGAGCCAUUAUUUCAAAAAGGCUGACAGAAAUUCUGGAAGAAAAUGGUCAGAUUUUUUUUUCUUUUUACCCAGAUGAGAUACCUUCAAGCAACAGACAAAAGAGAAAAGUCCGGAUAUGUCAUUACAUGAACAGUGCAGUGAUUAUAAUUUUGACACUAAUAAUGUUUUAUAACUUGUAUAGCUUUUUAGUAGAUUUAAACCCAUUGUGCAAUGCCUGUAAAAUAGGAGUCCAUGUAGAUAGUUGUCAUGUGGAACAUUCCAAGCCAAAGAGUAGCUGUGAAGAAUUUUAUUAUACAUACAGAUAUCUAUCGACACAGAACAUAAAACAGUAGUUGCUGAACUAUAUUUCUUAGCUAGAAUAGGUGUUUAUAUUUGUUGUUCCUGUGAUCUCAUUUUCUGUAUGUAUGAGGAGAAACAGUGUUUAUUUUGAAGAUGGGAAGAUUAUAUUUCAAUUGUAGUACUAUUAAGGCAGUUACGAGAGCCAUGCAACCGAGAAAUAUGGCAGAUGCAUCUUGAUUCUUAUGUUGAAGAUACUAGAAUAAUCCUAUUGGCAAAUUUUGUCUUUCAUAUUAUGUUAACAAAUAUUUUUUGUGUAUCUGAAACUGGUAGUAUUCUUGUCUGUUGUCAACAUCAGCCAUUGGAUGUGUGACAAAAAACUGUGCUUACCCCGUUCUGAUGAGCCUUGUAUUAUUUCCUGCUUCGCUCUAUAUAUUUUUGUGUUGUGAGAAUGUCUUCUCUUAGUAAAUUUCCUUACUUUUAGUAUAUUUAAUAUCUACAUUUAUUUGAAAAUUCAAAAAGUCUUACUUCCUUCUGUAACACAAAAAAAAAUAAUUUUCCCUUUCUUUUCCUUGCAUCCUUUCAGUUUUCAUGCUAGAAAUUCUAUAAAAUAAAUGAGUUACAUGCUUUAAUUCGUUGAGAGCCCCAUUUUAUUACAAAGUAUGCUCAGUUCACAGCCAUCCGUCCACCAGUCUGUCUUACCGUCCUUUUGUUAAUGCAGACAACUGCAAGCUACCAGUGACAGCGAAGUAGUUUGUGACAUUUCCAGUGGCCCUGUAAUGUAAUUGCAUACAGGUCACCUGCCACUUUUCCUUCCUCCUACAAUGUAAUAAUAUAUCUGUAAACUAGGCUACCUAUUUAAUGAAGUGGGCAAAAGUUUUUUAUUAAAUUCAUUCUACUUUUGUAUACAUACUUGGUACCAAAAGUCCAUAAUGUCAAUGAGACUGAAUGAAAUUUAGAGCUUCCCCCUCCAAACUUUCACCUCUCAGAUUGGGAGACAUGUAUGUAGAACUUUUUAUAAAAAGUGUGAAAAAUUCUGAUUGUUUUUGUUGACUAUUGAACAGCUUCACAUUUGGCAGCAAAAUAAAAAUUGAUUAUAAAAAUGUCAAUAAUUUAAAUUACUCAUUUUACUGUAUUAUUUUAAAAUCAAAGAAUUACGCUAAUACUGAUUAUUUUGUGUAGCAUCUGUUGCAUAUGUCUGUGUCUAUUACCUACUGUAAACUUUGUCAGUGCAUAAUGCAUAGUUUUGUAUAUGUUUCACUUGCCAGCCAAAGUACAAACUGAACUAUAACUGCAACCUGUGGUAACAAGCCCAAUAUGAGUAACUGCACAGACACGCAAACUGUAAAGCUGAGUCUCAUGUUGUAAAUGUAGUUACUGUAGGACCAAAACUAUAGGGCUUCCAUUCAAAACAACUGCUUGUGUUAAUAAUUUGUGUAUUUGAUUAAGCUGUCAACAUUGUUCAGUGCAUCUCACUAUACAUGAAAAAUUGUCGCAAAAAUCUGUGAAAAUAAAAAUGCUUGUUACCUAUUCUUGUGGAAAAAGUUGCAUUUCACACAGAGAGUCAGAAAAUCUAGAAGACAGAUCUCUGUCAGCUGAAUGAAAAUCAGGCUUACUUUUACCAUCACAAUGAAACACAAAAAGAAAGUGUAGAGACGUAAGUUAGCUAUUAGGUAAGUUAUUGUUAGUUUGUUAGAAGAGAACAUCAUUCUCAGAGUUACCUCAACUACAAGUUCUCCAUACUGAAGAGGAGUCAGAAAUAACUGAAUGAAAGUGCAAUAUUAGUUUCUUUGUUGAUAGACAUUUAUAUUUGUAUUGAAUGUUGUGUGAAGGAAAAUAACUAAUACAAAAUGAAUACAGUUUAGAAUAUUACACAAGUUACCAUUCAUAAGACUUAGUAAUAACUAACUAAAUAAAUGACUUGUUAGAAAGAACAUUAUGAUUGAAAAUGUCAUGCCAUGAUUUAAAAGAAUGAAAUGAGUCUGAUAAUGUUUGAGGAAUCAAGACACCUUCUCUGGGUUGAUGUCACAUUUUCACAAUGUAGUAGGAUAAUAGGCCACUGAUGAUAUGAUUGCCUAAAAGAAGUCACAAGAAGUAGUAGUUCCAGCAUUUUAGCUUUUCAUGCCACAUGUAGCACACAUUUCAUACCUUAAAAUAUAAUUAAUAAAGUUUGUUGAACCCCAUUGUUCUCUAUAAAUAAGCAUUUUGGGUGAAAACAUUCAGCACUCCAUAUUAAAUUAAUACAAAUUUUGGACAAUAUGCAUACAGAAUAUUCCUGUCUCAGAAGGAAGCUUUCUUUGUGCCGCAUUUUUUGAAAACCUUGACAACUUAGUUAUUUCUAUUCCAUGUGCACUUCCCUAAUUAAAUUCUCAAAAUGUGCAGCAAAAUCAGAAUGGAAGAGCAGUAUAAAAUUAUAGGCAACAAUCAUGCAGCAAAUUAUAUAUCAAAUAUAAUUUUAAGAUAAUUCUUACAAUUAUUCAGCUGUAUCAAUAUGACAAAUGAUGAGUACUGGAGUGAAUUGACUAGAUAAAUACACAAAUAAUAAGUUCUGACUGUGUUUUUGGCAUAAAGUCUUCCUAUCUUUUUCUCUCCAUGAACUUCUGUUGAGUGUGCACAGAUGUGAUUUUAAACAAUUACUUGUGUAAUGUAGCUUUUACAUUAUAUAUAAUAUAUGUUAUUUGCUGCAACAUAGCGUCAAAAUUGAAUACUUUGCACCCACGGCUGACAUACAAAUGAUAAUGUGAACACGUAUGUGACAGACAGAAAUCUUCUAAAAAGGAGUGUAAACCAUUUACGUGUGUUAUUUUACUGGGAGAUACAGGAGGACCAAAGUUCUUUACAUCACAUUAAUUGAGAAGAGACUGGCUGGGACAACAGCCUAUAUUUUUCCACCUUUGCAUAUUAAUAUUUUAUUUCAAUUGAAACAGUAAUCUGAUUAACAGAAAGACAGCAUCAUUAUCUAACUUACUUCCACCACCACAUACUUUCCUCCAUUUCUUUAAGAAAAGAAAGAUUAGAAGAAAGCCCCAUUUAUCAUACAUUGAUACAAUUUUUACUUAAAUGCAUAUUCAGUGAUAUUAUUAGAUAUUUCUCAGUUGGAAUGUGAGAGACAAGUGAGUAUUCCAUCACAUUCUAUCAAAUGCUGUGCAUCAUACAACAUAGCUUCACCCCAGAUGCAUCAAUUUUCUGUUGUUUUUCUGGUCCUUUACCCCUGUUUUCCUUAUGGCUGGUUUUCACGUAAUCCAAAAUUGUUAGAAAUACGACAGUAACUUCUAUUUGACAAGAAUGCUUAGCUAAAAUGAUUUGAUGAUGCGAUGAUACUGUUAUUCACCAGGAUCAGUAAUAAAACUAACAAAUAUUUAACACAUGACAAUUGGUAUAGAAUCUGAAUAAUGCUGCAUGUGAUUAGAAGUCUCACUCAAUAACAAAAACUCAAUUUAUCAUUGCAGACAGCAACACAAUCUCUUUACUUCAUUCCAUUGUAGUGCUGAUUUCAUACAAAUUUCAUCACACUUUCCUAAAUAAACUUUAUAGUACCUCUACUUUAUUUUGAUGGCUUAUAAAUAACAUGGUGUGUAAAUUCUUACAAAGUGAUAACAACCGUAUACUCCAUUUAUUGAGAAAUGGAACAAAGAAAAUUUACUUUGUAUCUCCAAAGAAACAGUGAGUCACACAAAUGUUACUGCAUUGUGGAAAAAGGCUAAGCUUAUUGUGCAUGUGAGCAUAAGGCUGUCAAAUUCAAGGGGGUUUUCUUUCAUGCAUAAAUUUAAUGUUUCAGUUAAGAAAAAUGUUAACUUACAUCUACCCUCAGCAACUGUAAGGAGACUGGCUUACUCAAACUAACUUCGGUAGCAAUGAUCAGAUUCAUUUGUGUGUCUGCUUUUCAGAUCUACACCAGAGAAAGACUAAUCUUGGUGUACUAAACCAACUAGGAUUUUAAAUGGUGAAUCUGUAGAUUUCUUGAACAGAGCUCUUUCUGUCUGUCAUUGUUAUUAGGAAUCUGAAAAUAGGAUACCAAUAUUGUAAUGAGAUGUCUCCAAAAAUAUUAGUGUGUGUCUGAUAAAUAAUUGCAGUCAUUUUUCAAUCAUUAAAAAAAGUGGCCUGCAGCAUCUUUGAAACUAUUAUGCAACUUGAUACAAACAAAAAUGGAAACUAAUGUCCAAUUUGAAACUGUGUGCUACAUUUUGUGUGACUAAUAAACUAUUUUUCACAAUAUGAUUCUCUACCACUUGAAAUUCAAAACAAUUCAAAAUUAAAUUAUUUACCAUUGUAUUUUUAUUAUCUUAUGUUCUCAAAAUUACAUUAGCACAAUCAGGUAAAUUUAUGAUGAUGAGCUAAAUAAUACUACCUGCUGAUACAUUUUUAACAUUAGAUGUGCAUAA